AUGGCCCGAUCCAACGCUCCUGACGCUACCCACAUUCCACACAUCCUGAAACCACUUGCUCCUUACGUCAGAUCGCGCCAGGAAACCCUUCAUAUCCGCCAGGCACUGACGUCUUAUCUUCGCUCAUUUAUCGAAUUCAACGAUCAGUCAAGCGAUCUUGCUCAAUCCCACCUCUCCCUGUGCGCGUCGACCGAUGCCGUUACCAAUGUCAAACGCAUCCCUGCCGAUCUUCCUGGGCUGAGAAAGGAUUAUCUCAAGGCAUUGGCAGCCAAUGUUGCCGCCCGCAAAGAGUUCGCCUUGGCGUCUGAGGAUGUCGCCUCUUUAAGGCGCCAGCGGACGGCCCCGAAAGCCCCUUCUGACGAUGCUGAUAUGCAAGAGCCCGGCACCGAACUUCGCGAAUACCUUGCUCUCCUACGCGAUCGACGCCGCCAUACCAAGCUGCAGGUGUUUCAGAAUUAUCUUGAAGAGAUUAGAACCCGCGAUUCGGGGAGCGUGGAGGACGUUGGCAAUAAUAGCGAGCAAAUUCUGUUGCCGGAGGCAGAUGCGGAGGUCGGGCGCAAUGACACUGAAACGGGCUUGGAUGAACUAGUGCAUAGCCUCGAGAGAGCAGUUGUCUGCGCGAGGGCUCAAUUGGACCGCCAGAAGCAAUUAUUUGAGAAAGCCAAGGCACAGCAUGAUCCCCAAGCCGAGACUGCAGAUACCAAAGCACAGGCAUUACAAAGGACCCGGGAUGAGCUAGUACAAUGGGUGGAGGAACGGCUGGUUGGUCAAGGGGAUCCAGAUGAGAGUCUGCUCCAAGAGCUUCCUCCGGAGGACAUCGAGGAGGCCCAGCGAGGGCUAGAGAAUCGCAAGAUACAGAUUGCAGAGCAAUAUGCCGCAUAUCUACAAGCCCGGCGAGAUCUCCUCGACGCCGCGUCCAGAGCUUGUCAGCCAGUCAAUUUGACCCAGAAGCCUCCGUCACGAACAACCAACAAAAUCGAACUUUCCACAGCAGAAAUGCCACCUCCUAACCCAAUCGACGUUCUGUUAUACACAAACGAAACCCUGGUCCCGCUAUAUAAGAGUCAGAAGUCGCUGGCUCUCCAGAGAUCCUAUCUAUCCGGGUUACUGUCAAAGGAAAAAUCCACGACCCUUCGCGCCCUCAAUCGUCUGAGCGAUGAAUCCCACCUACUCCCCGAAUACCCCAUUCUCGCCCGCCAGCCGCGCUUUAAGCAUACUCCUACUCUUGGCUCGCGAAUCCAGACACAGACCUCCGAGCAGACCCCGGAUGAGGUCGUUGGUCUUGCUGAGGCAUGGGCAUUUGCCUCUAAUGCUGCAGCUGCCAACGGAAAGGAGUUUGUUCAGCAAAAGAUCGCAUUAGGUAAUGAGGUUGCGCAGGACGCCCGACAAACCUUGGCUGAAGUAUGUAAAACGCUCAAUCAGGACCUCGAUGAGGUCAUGCUGGAGGGUCGGCAGAACCGAGAUGGGUCGGAUUUCUGGGCCUCCGAAACUCGCUCUCCAAAGGGGAUGUCGAGGGGUGGUGGGUCUCGGAUUGAGAAACAACCGAGUGGUCCUUGGUCACGUCUGAAUGGGAGAGUAGGGGUUGCGGAAUAA